AUGAUUAGACAAACUAAAAGAAGAACUGCUGGACGUAGGAAUUUCGAAAAUGGAAUGAUCUUCCAGUCUUCUAAGCUUGAUAAAUUAUAUAGUCAUAGAUUAUCAUUUUAUGAUAUACCACCAUUAGAUGAAAUCACUUUAGAAGAAUUUGAACUUUGGGCUAUUGAUAGAUUGAAAGUUUUAAUUGAAAUUGAAUCAUGUAUUGCUAGAAGUAAAUCUGUUAAAGAAAUGGAAUCUAUUAUCAAACCUUUAUUAUCGAAAUAUUUACCUAUUUCAACUUUAAGUAAAGGUAAUGAAAAACAAAUUGAAUUAGAACGUAAGAAAGAUCAUUAUAGUCAUUUCAUUUUAAGAUUGGUUUUCUGUAGAAGUGAAGAUUUAAGAAAAAAAUUCAUUAAAACAGAAUCAAUUUUAUUCAAAAUAAGAUAUAAUUUAAUGCAACCAAAGGAACAAACUAAUUUUAUUAAUGAUAAUAAUGAUAAAUUAAAUUGGAGUUAUAUCAAUAAUGAAGAAAAGGAACAAAUGUUUGAACAACUUUUCAACGCUACUGGUAGUGCUAUUAGAAGUCAAUUAAUCAUGGAUAAUGAAAAUUUAUCCAUCAAUAAUGAACAAUUAAGACAACAUGUUAAAAUGGAAAAUUUCAUUAAGUUACCUUUUGAAAAAAUUCCUCAUUUACUUAGUGCAAGAUCAAUAUUUAUUCGUAAUGGUGAAGGUUAUAUUCCAACAACUUUACAAAUAAACUUAUUAGUUCGUGAAUUCCAAAAUAUGUUGGAAAAUAAUUUAAUUAAAACUUUCCAAUCACUCCCAAGAUUAGAUGAAGAUGAUAGAUUAUUACCUGUAUUAAAUAGUUUAUCAAGAAAUUUUGCUAGUGUUCAAUAUGAAGUAGAUCUGAAUAAUGAAAAUGUUGGUGAUAUUAAUAGUCAAUCUAUUUUAACUAAUGAAAUCACUAAACAUUAUCCAUUAUGUGGAAAACAUUUACAAAAAACUUUGAGUGUAAAUCAUCAUUUGAGAUAUCAAGGUCGUCAACAAUUAGGUUUAUUCUUAAAAGGUAUUGGAUUAAAUAUUGAUGAAGCAUUGAAAUUCUGGUCAAAUCAAUUCUCUGCCAAUAUGACAAUGGAAAAAUUCAAUAAAGAAUAUAAAUAUAAUAUCAGACAUAAUUAUGGUUUGGAAGGGGCUAGAAAUAAAUAUAGACCUUGGGAUUGUGCUACCAUAUUAUCCAAACCAAAACCUAAUAAACAAGAAGCUCAUGGUUGUCCUUAUAGGGACUUAAAUUUAGAUUCAUUAGUUUCAAAUUUAAAUGAUAUGGGUAUUAAUGAUCAAAAAGAUAUUAAUGGAGUUAUCGAACAUGUUAAUAAAAACGAAUAUACUGUUGCAUGUACCAAGGUAUUCGAAUUAACUCAUAAGAAUAUGAAAGGUAAUGAGAAUUUACAUAUCAAUCAUCCAAAUCUUUACUUCGAUAGAUCCAGACAAUUGGAGAAAUCUUCUUAA